GUCUAACUCCCUCUUCUUCACCUUAUCUAUCAAUUUAUCAUUUCAUCAGUGGAGAAAUCCUAGAAAAAGGAACGAAGACGACCCUAAAGAUGGCGUCUUUGGCUCAACAGUUCACAGGUCUAAGAUGUUCGCCACUCUCCUCAUCUCGCUUUGCGGUGAAACCAAAGCAAACCCAGAAAGUGGGUGCUUUUGCUUCUCCGAUAGUUUCAGCCGUCGCCAUCUCAAAUGCACAGACCAAAGACAGGCUCGAACUCAAGAAGAUGUUCGAGGAUGCCUACGAACGCUGUCGGACUGCUCCUAUGGAAGGCGUUCCUUUCACUCUUGAAGAUUUCCAAAAUGCUCUUGAAAAAUAUGACUUUAAUUCUGAGCUUGGAACCAAGGUUAAAGGAACGGUUUUCGCCACAGAAGCCAAUGGAGCAUUGGUUGAUAUUACUGCAAAGUCUUCUGCAUAUCUGCCAGUCCAAGAGGCCAGCAUUCACAGAAUCAAACAUGUAGAAGAAGCUGGUAUAGUUCCUGGUUUGAGGGAGGAAUUUAUGAUUAUCGGUGAAAAUGAGGCCGACGAUAGCUUAAUCUUGAGCUUAAGGUCCAUUCAAUAUGAGCUUGCCUGGGAAAGAUGCAGGCAACUUCAAGCUGAGGAUGUCGUCGUGAAGGGCAAGGUUGUUGGUGCAAACAAGGGUGGAGUAGUGGCAUUGGUGGAGGGUCUUCGGGGGUUUGUCCCUUUCUCACAGAUAUCAUCGAAAUCCACUGCGGAAGAGCUUUUAGAUAAGGAGAUCCCUUUGAAGUUUGUUGAGGUUGACGAGGAACAGUCCAGACUUGUCUUCAGUAACCGCAAGGCCAUGGCUGACAGCCAAGCACAGCUCGGAAUCGGAUCGGUUGUGCUUGGAACUGUUCAGAGCCUGAAACCAUACGGUGCAUUCAUCGAUAUUGGCGGAAUUAACGGCCUUCUUCAUGUCAGUCAAAUCAGUCAUGAUCGUGUUUCGGAUAUUGCUACCGUUCUUCAACCUGGUGACACUCUAAAGGUCAUGAUACUGAGCCAUGAUCGUGAAAGGGGACGAGUAAGUCUUUCUACGAAGAAACUUGAGCCUACCCCAGGAGACAUGAUUCGCAAUCCAACUCUUGUUUUUGAGAAGGCUGAAGAGAUGGCUCAGACGUUCAGGCAGAGAAUCGCUCAAGCAGAAGCUAUGGCUCGUGCAGACAUGCUGAGAUUCCAACCCGAGAGUGGGUUGGCUCUGAGCUCGGAUGGGAUAUUAGGUCCCCUUACAUCAGAGCUUCCAGCAGAAGGUUUAGACCUGAGUGAUGUUCCUGCAGCAGAUGAAGAUUCUUAAUUCAUUUGGAUUUGCUUUGUAAAAGUAAAUCAAGUGCUCCCUUACGAUCAAACGAGACACUUCAGCUGUAGAAUAUAAGCUUUGAGCUUUUGACCAUUUAGUGUUAUUAUUAUUAUGUUU